CUGCGUUGUAAAGGGAAAAAACCCCACGAAAGAAUAACAACACAAAGCAGUGCUUCGCCGCCGCGUAAUCCGCGCGUAAUUGUCUCAUCCGGAUGAGGGUAUAUUCGCUUUUCCCCGCACGCACUUUUUUCGGGUGGUGGACGAAAAUUGGGUGAAACGCACCUGCCGCGAUAGGGAGCACACGGACGCCUGUUUCCCUGCCUGCACCCGCCAAUCCACGUCCACGACGGAGCUCUUCUUCGCCGUGGAGCGCUCGCAGUUCUUAAGUGUUUACUCCUCGUUGGGGGGGGGGCGGCGGCUUCGAUCCAGCGCGAGUGUUGUGGGGGAUCACAGCUGAUCGCCCCUCCUCUCUCCCGGGACUUGAAUAAAAAAAAAAAACGCGCUCCAUUUGACUCCUCCACACUGGAUCGCGAAAGCCGGAGUCUCAGUUCCAGCUGUGCGUUCAACGCCGCUGGACGGAGCGCGAGCGGGCUGUGACAUUUGUGUUUUUCGGGUGGGUUGCCACCUUCACCUUUCCCCCCGGCCAGGCUCCCUCCACGCGCUCGCCAUAUUUAACCGAAGGCCGUAUUAAUUGUAUUUGUUGUCAUUGGCGAAGCGCAGAAAGAGAACCCCGGCUUUGUGCAAGGAAGGUUUUUUUUUUCCAUCUCUGCAAAAUGCUCCGUCCGAUCGCCUCUCCGCGUGGGAACUAAAUAUUCUUCUUUGCUCUUUUUUUGUUGGUACUUUGCGCGGGGGGAUGAUCCUUGAUAAAAUAAUCAGCGUCGCGGUGUCAGCAAAUGCCUGAGCUACAGAGGGAUUUGUGCAGAUUAUCGCCGGACUGCUAUUUUGUUGCCUCGGUCGCGCUCUUUAACUGAAUGUGAGCGGCUUUUGCUCUGCAGCCUUUCCCCCCUGCAGAGCCCCGGCCGCCCGGAACCUCCGGCGGGGACGCCUGUUUAACCAGCCACGCUAUUCAUAGGGGAAGGGAGGAAGAGGGAGGAGGGGAAGCGAACCGUGUUUUUUUUUUUUGCAUUCGCGAGCAAUGACAGCCACAGAGGUGUGUGGACCCAGAUCUGAGGACACGCCGAGUCGGGCGCAUCUGUCCCCACGUGGAUCCGACGGGUACGAGACGCGCUCCGACCGGGCUGAGGCUCCGCUGUUUCCUCGCAGGCUUCCCGGGAUUCCGCCGCUGUGACCCGGGAGACUAACGAAGCGCCACAGCAGCGACCCGCUUGAACCGCUUGUCCCCCUCCCUGUCCCCGUCCCCGUCCCAUCGGACCCGUUUCCACUCUGUACCGGGCGGCUACCGGAGGAUGUGUGAGCCAGGAUGCUGCGCUUCCCCGUGAAGAAGAUCCGGAAGCAGUUCAAGCUCUUGCUGCUGCUGGUGCUGCUCACCUCCGCCGUGUGGUUCACCUACCUGCACAUCAACCAGGGCAAGAACAUCAAACUCCACUUCAACUACGGGAAAGAUGGAGAGAGACAGACAGAGGGGACGGACGCCGGCCGUAAGAGGGACACUCGCUCCUCGGCUGGUCACCACAAGAGUGAGGACACCAGCGACAGCAGGGAGGACGAGCCUGCAGAUGAUGAGUCGCUCGCAGGAGGAGCUGAUGGCAGAGAUUACGCCAGAAUCCGGAGGUUCCUCAACCAACACCACAAGAAAUUGCCAUGGAAACCAGAGGUAAAAUAACUAAACUCCCUUUUAGU